UACUUUGCGAAGGACUCGUUGAAAUAUAUCCCAUUCUAUGGAUGGGGCAUGUGGAUCAUGGGCAUGUUGUUUAUCAACCGCAACUGGCAGCAGGAUCAAAUUAAGAUCAACAAGAUGUUCGCACAGAUACUGGACAUUCAGGCACCCGUCUGGAUCGCCAGCUUCUUGGAGGGCUCUCGUCUGACACCUAGUAAACUGGCUGCUUCUCAAAAGUUCAUGAUGGGACGCGGUCUUCCGUUGCUGUCGAAUGUCAUGAUGCCUAGGACAAAGGGAUUCAUUGCAUGUGUCAACAAGUUCCGUGGAACCCAUGUCAAGUGCGUUUAUGACUUUACAUUCGCCUACUACCAUAGGACUCUGGGCUUUGGAGUGCCGCCAGAUCUGGUGCGUGUCCACACAGGUCAAUUGAGCCCCGAGUACAAGUUUCAUGUGCAUGUGAGGCGUUACCAGAUCGAGGACUUGCCCACGGAUGAGGAGAAGCUGAGCGAAUGGGUCGUGCAAAAGUAUGUGGAGAAGGAUGCGUUCCUAGAGAACAUGAAGGAGAACUGGACGGAUGAUAUUGAAGGAGGCGUGUGGAGUGAGAAGUGGUAA